AUGGAUACGAAGCAUCACGACGAGAAGCCUGGCGAUGCCACUUCGGCCGACCCUUCGAUCCUCACUGAGAAGCAUCCUCGCGAUGCCAAUGCCACCGAUGUCGAGACCAACAGUAAGAAAGGUGAAUCAACUCACCAAUCUACCGAUGACGACAUCGACUACCCCAAGGGCCUGAAGCUCGUCCUCAUUAUUGCCUCGCUCUGCCUCGCCGUCUUCCUGGUAGCCCUCGACCAAACCAUCAUCGCCCCGGCCCUCGGCGCCAUUACCUCAGAGUAUGGCAGCGUCAAGGACAUUGGGUGGUACGGCUCGUCGUAUCUCUUGACCACCACCGCUCUGCAACCCAUGUAUGGCACCAUUUACAAGCUCUUCAGCAUCAAGUACUCGUACCUCACCGCCAUCUUCAUCUUUGAAGUUGGUUCUCUGGUAUGUGCCUUGGCUCCUACUUCGACCGCCUUCAUCGUCGGCCGUGCUAUUGCCGGCAUUGGCACCGCAGGCUUGUUCUCCGGUUCGAUUGUCAUUCUCAGCUACACAAUGCCUCUUGAGAAGCGCCCGCUGGCGUUUGGACUCAUCGGCGGCAUGUGGGGUGUUGCUUCUGUUGCUGGUCCCUUGCUAGGAGGCGUAUUCACGGAAAAGGCGACCUGGCGGUGGUGUUUCUACAUCAACCUGCCCAUCGGUGGCGUCGCCAUGGUUUUCAUCUUCUUCCUGCUUCACCUCAACCGCAAGAACAACCCUGAUGGGAAGACGCUUGUCCAGCGCCUCAUGCAGCUCGACCUUAUCGGCACUGCCAUCUUCAUCCCCGCCAUUAUCUGCCUGCUCCUUGCUUUGCAAUGGGGUGGCGCCGAGUACCCCUGGAACAGCUCCAAGGUCAUUGGUCUCUUUGUCGGUUUCGGCCUCAUGAUCAUCAUUUUCAUCGGAGUCCAGCUGUGGCAGGGCGACAAGGGAACUCUGCCUCCAUUUCUCUUCAAGAAUCGCAACGUGGUGUGCGCCAUGCUCUUCGCCUGCUUCUUUGGAGCUGCAUUCUUCCCUCUCAUCUUCUAUCUUUCCCUCUAUUUCCAGGCUAUCCAGGGCGUAAGUGCGGUACAAGCGGGCAUCAAGAUCUUGCCCCUACUGCUGGCCACCGUCGUCGCUAGCAUGGCCAGCGGUGCUCUCAUCUCAGUCAUCGGCUAUUAUAGCGCCAUCAUCUUGCCAUCCCUCGUUCUUUUCUCCGUCGGCUCAGGCAUGAUUACAACGUUCGACCUCGACACACCCAUGCGCGAGUGGUUCGGUUACCAGGUCCUCGCUGGGCUUGGUAUUGGUGCGGGCUUCCAAAUCGGUGUUCUCGUCGUUCAGACCGUUCUGCCUCUCGAGGACGUCCCCGUCGCUACGGCCUGUGUGCAGUUCUUCCAGGCAUUUGGCGGUGCCAUCAUGAUUGCCGUCGCCCAGAACCUGUUCCAGACGGGUCUCGUCAACGGAAUCACCAGCCGCGUGCCGGAUCUCGACCCUUCGAUUUUCGUCAACGCCGGCGCCGACCAGGUCCGCAACAUUCUGACGCAGAUGGGACGUUCCGACGCGAUUCCUGCGGUAUUGGAGGCAUACAUGGUGGGCUUGAGACACACGUACUACGUCACUGUAGCCUGCGCUGCGGCCGCGUUUGUCGUCUGUCUGGGCUUGCAGUGGAAGAGCGUCAAGAAGGAGGGCAAGGGGACCCCGGCUGUCGCCGUUUAA